AUGCUGUGCCUAAAGCAACUGGUUGGUCUCAUCGCCUUGGCUAGGAUGAGCACUGCUCUUCCGGCAACAAUUGAAUACAAUGUUCCAUCGGAAGCCGGAAGUGUUCUCAACCUGAAUGUUGCCCUCCGCAACGGUACCUAUACUGUGAAAGCCAAUGACACUAUCUACACCAUUGCCACCAAGCAUGGUGUCGGUGCUUGCGACAUUGCCCGAGUCAACGUUCUCGCCGACCCCAAUUACCUUUACACAAAUGAGUCAUUGCUCAUUCCUCAGAUUGCAACAUUCCCCGACGACACCUCUUGUUUCAGCACAAACAACACCGAAACAACUGCAACAUGUAUCUACGGUGGUCCUCACGUCUACACUAUCCUUCCGGGUGAUACGAUUCAGAAAAUUGCAAACGAGCGCUACAAUAUCACUGUUGAGUCGAUCAUGAACAACUCUCCCCAAACCGGGUAUAUUGCUGCUCUGAAGUUGGAUACAAUCACACGGAUGCUACAGGUGAAAGGAUUGCGAUAUAAAUUGUGA